AACGAAAAAAAGAAAAAGAAAAAGAAAAUAAAGAAUAUCGGGAUCAGGAUUAGGAUGAGGAUGAGGAUUAUUAGGGCUGUUAAAAAACAUGCCUAAAUGCAGUAGCGCAUGACCUGGGAGUAACUACCUCAUGUCGCCAAUACAACAACCGAAGGAAACCGCCCAUUUCAAAAUUUGUCUUUAGUAACUGCCUAAACUACUACUAUCUCUACAUAAGCACGACUUCCACAUUUCUUACAACUUUUUUCCCUCUUUCUCAUCUCUAUACCCUCACUGCUAAGAUGGUUACAACCGUAGAUUCUGAUUCCUGUCCCGGGUCUCAAUUCCUUUCCUCUCAUAUCAAUCCAAACUUGCCUUCACCCUCAAGCCCCACUGGGAAUUACACCCAAAGUUCCAGAAAGAGACGGUCCAAAUUGAUGAAUAUUGAUGUUGGUUCCAGUUCUAGCACUGUUUCCAAGCCUAAAUAUCGCAAGAAACCUGACCCUGCUGCGCCAAAGAUCACUAGGCCUUGUACUGAAUGUGGGAAGAAGUUUUGGUCAUCCAAGGCUCUGUAUGGGCAUAUGAGGUGCCACCCUGAGCGGCAGUGGCGGGGAAUUAACCCACCUCCGAACUUCCGCCGCCCCAUUUCUCCGAUUAGUCAAAUGCAUAACGUGGAGGCCUUGAUGACCGAAGAGGAUCAUGAGGUUGCAGCAUGUUUGUUGAUGCUGGCUAAUGGGGUCAAUGCUAGUGAUCUGAGUGAGUGUGGAACAAUUUCUCAACAUGGGUUAGGGGAAAAUUGGGUUUUGGGGGGGAAUUCGGGUGUGAAUUGUCGAUUUGAGUGCUCGAGUUGCAAGAAGGUGUUUGGAUCACACCAGGCGUUGGGAGGACACAGGGCCAGUCAUAAGAAUGUCAAGGGUUGUUUUGCAAUAGCUAGAAGUGAUGGUGGUGAAUUUGAUCAAGAUCAAAGUGGUGGCGAUGAUGAUGGAUUAACCAAAGAAAAUAUGGAAGAAAAUAACAAGAUGCUGAUGGUUUUGGGGCACAAGUGCAGUAUUUGCUUCAGGGUUUUCUCUAGUGGUCAAGCCUUGGGUGGACACAAGAGGUGCCAUUGGGAGAAAGUGGAUGAAGCAUCACUGAACCAAGGGCUGAACCUUCUUGCAGCCAAGGAAGGUUUUGGUCUGGACCUGAAUUUACCAGCCCCAGUUGAAGAAGGUUCUUCUUUUUCCUCAGGCCUCCCUUUGGAUUUGAGGUUAGGCUUUUGAAGAAAGAUUAAUUCAUUCUUUUGCUUUCUUUGCUAAGUUGUGUGUAUGUGACAUGUAAUGUAACCGUGGAUAUUAGAAUAUAGUGUAUAUGUGACU